AUGGCCAACCUCUCCAUGGACCAGGCCUUCGUGCAGGCCCCCGAGCACCGCCCCAAGGCAUUCAUCGCUGAGGCUGCCGGCAUCCCGGUGAUCGACCUCUCCCCGCUCGCCGCGGGCGACCAGGCCGGCGUGGAGGCGCUGGCGGCCGAGGUGGGCAGGGCGAGCCGGGAGUGGGGGUUCUUCGUGGUGGUGCGCCACGGCGUGCCCGACGACACGAUGGCGCGGGCGCUGGAGGCCCAGCGGGCGUUCUUCGCGAUGCCGGCGGAGCGGAAGGCCGCCGUGCGGAGGGACGCGGUGGCGCCGCUCGGGUACUACGAGUCGGAGCACACCAAGAACGUCAGGGACUGGAAGGAGGUGUUCGACUUCUUCCCACGCGAGCCGCCGCUCGCCGCCGCCGUGGCCGACGGCGAGCUCGUGUUCGUGAACAAGUGGCCCCAGGACCUGCCCGGGUUCAGAGAGGCGUUGGAGGAGUACGCGAAAGCGAUGGAGGAGCUGGCCCUGAAGCUGCUGGAGCUGAUAUCACAGAGCCUGGGGCUGAAACCGGACAGGCUGCACGGUUUCUUCAAGGGCGACCAGACACAGACAACAUUCGUCCGGCUGAACCACUACCCGCCCUGCCCGAGCCCCGACCUCGCCCUCGGCGUCACCCGCCACAAGGACGCCGGCGCUCUCACCGUGCUCCACCAGGACGACGUCGGCGGGCUCGACGUCCGGCGCCGGUCCGACGGCGAGUGGGUGCGCGUCAGCCCCGUCCCGGGCUCCCUCGUCGUCAACGUCGGCGACAUCGUCCAGGUGUGGAGCAACGACAGGUACCAGAGCGCGGAGCACCGGGCGUCCGUGAACUCGCGCAAGGAGAGGUUCUCCUUGCCCUACUUCUUCAACCCCGGCAGCGGCGCCAUGAUCGAGCCGCUGGAGGAGCUGGUGAGCGAUGACAGCCCGCCCAGGUACAGGGCAUACAACUGGGGCGUCUUCUUCAGAACCAAGAGAAGCAGCAACUUCAAGAAGCUCGCCGUGGAGAACCUCCAGAUCGCACAUUUUAAAAAGGACCUCGAUCAAGCUCAUCUCGUAGAAUGAAUUCAUCAUACUCCUACUAUAUAUGACUUUCGUGAUCCAUGAGUAUCAUUGAUGCUGCAAUGGAGCGACCAUCAUCGUCACGCCAUCUUCAGUGAUCAACCAAUA